AUGAAAAGGAAAAAUCCAGAAGAAAUACUCUCUGCAAUUAUUCAAAAAAUAGAAGAAGCCAAAACAGAUGGGGAGAUAUUCGACAACCUACAGCUGAACGUGCAGGAUACAAGCAGCGCAGACGCAGAGACGGGCGAGAGCACAAAAGAGUACUUGAAGAGACACUUCCAGGACAAGUACGGGCGCACUGUCUCUGGAGAGUACGUAACGAGUAUUGAUGUAGUUAUAACAAAAGAGGCCGCAGAGAUAGAGAUAAGGAAUGAAACAAUAUUUAUAUGCGGGCGAUACAGGAAGAACAAGAGAGGAAUAUCAAAUACGCCCAUGGUCUUUGGAGGAGGAAAGGUGCACCGUAGAAGAGGAGGCAAAGAGAGAGGCGGAAGCAAUAAAGAUGGAAAAGAUGGAAAAAAUAGGAAAAACAGUGCUAGAAACUGCAAUAGCGCUGAGAAAGGUCAAAAUGAUAAACACAUGGAAAAUGCUGGAGACUUCUCAAACGAUGCUAAUAAUACUAGCAGCCAUACUGCAUCCAGCAAUAGCAAAUCCACUUUUAAUGAUGGAAAUGCAGAAAUAAGUAGCAAUAAUACUAGUGGAAACAAUGAUCUUACUAGCUGCGAGGCGAGGAUGCCUGCUGUCUCUGACUGGAUGGAGCCAUUAAGAGCGUACUUCCGGGCAGAAAAAACUGUAUUUAUUUCUGGGGGCAGAGAAGACUACGAUGUCCGAAUGCUUGGGAAUGGAAGGCCGUUUUUGUGCAGGAUAGAGAACCCCUCCUGCAACCUCCCCAAGAGAGUGGGUGUUCUUAGCACGGUUAUAUCAGAGACAGGAGAUGCUGUGGAGGAGUACUCUGUUGUCUACAAACCUUUUGAAAUACCGUACGGUAUGAGCUCGGAAGUGGAGCUGAUUGAUAUGUAUUUGGUGGAUGGGUCUCGAGCCAUGAAAGACAUGAAGAUGAUAGAAGAGGAGCACUGCAAGGAGUACGGAGUGCUAGUGCACACAAAAGCAGCGCGGGAGACAGUUGAGCAGAAGAUUGCUUCCAGCUACUGGGAAGAAACUGAGGGAUACUAUGCUCUGAAAAGCCCCAACCUGCUGCUCGCGCAGAAGACACCGAUUAGAGUCAUGCACAGACGAGCCAACCUGACAAGAGAUAAGAUACUGCACACCUGUAAGAUACUAGUGGAUAAAGAGUCGUCAAAGGAAGGAACCGCCCUCCAAAUGGAAAUAAAGUCCUCUUCGGGCACCUACAUAAAAGAGUUUGUGAACGGAGACAUGGGGCGAACGUCUCCUUCAAUGUCAGAAAUAGUCGGAGAGUACUGCGAUGUAGUGGAGCUGGAUGUCCUGGGAAUUGAAGAUACUUUCCCCAGCUCUGAGUACAUACAUGCUCCAGUGCAUUUAAUUCUGCACAAAUGA